GCGAUGAGGCUGAUUAUCGCCGCAGUCCUUGGUGGCUUGGUACUGCCUGGGUUAAUGACACCGGCUACAAGAUAAGGCCCAACCCUCCUGGUUUCCAAGCGUUACUCCAACAGCUCCUUUUCAUUGAGAAAAGCUUAUCAGUUUCCCAGGGUUGUUCUGUCAGUCACCUGGCAGAGUGCACGGUUGUUUUUCACGGAGUGUAUUGACAUGUCAAGGUCCACUUAGUAGGGUGGGAUGGUCUUAUAAAUACGGGGCGCACCGGAGGAAGCAGCAGUACUCAGAAGUUCUUGCAGAGGCCAUCCCUCGAGAGGUCUUACAUUUACCUGCGUAGAUCCCCACAGACGAUAAAGAAUGGAUAACCGGUGUCAGUGUGCGACCAACGGCGACGCGCUUUUGAAUCCUAUCCUCUACACUAUCCUGAGUCAAAUGGACAGCGGCAGACCGACCCCACGCGGCUUCAACUACCAUGCGACGGCCCACAGAUGCAACUGCGAGCUGCGACGCACCGUGUGCUUGAAAAGGCCAUCUGAGGCCUGCCAGGAGGCGUCAGCGGUUCUGGUCAAAACUGUCCAUUUCAUGAAGAAUUUACCUGCCUUCAAUCAGAUGCCACAAAAAGACCAGUUCUCACUUCUCAGAAGCUGCUGGGCGCCGCUCUUCAUUUUGGGUCUGGCCCAGGAGCGUGUGGAGUUUGAGGUGACGGACACACCGGCCGACAGCAUGCUGAAAAAGAUCCUCUUAAAUCGUCAGGAGAGAUAUGAGACGGAGAGGGAGCAACCCACCAUGGCCGGCGUCAGCAAACUCCAGUCCUGCCUCAAGAAGUUCUGGAGCUUGGAUUUGAGUCCAAAGGAGUACGCAUACCUCAAAGGGAUCACGAUAUUUAAUCCAGAUGUGCCAGAAUUAAAGGCAGCGCUGUUUGUCGAAUGCUUGCAACAGGAGGCUCAGCACGCCCUCAGCGAGGUGGUGCAGCUGCUUCACCCAGGGGAGCGGGAGCGCUUUCCACGAAUCCUCCUCACGGCCUCCAUGCUGCAGGGCAUCACGCCAAGCCUCAUCGCCGAACUCUUCUUCCGGCCUGUGACGGGCCAGACGGACCUGCUGGAGCUGUUGGUCGACAUGCUCUUCUGCAGGUAGACGAGGACGGCUGGACUGAAACUGCUGCUCCAACUAGAGCUGUCGGGGAGAAGGUUGAAUCCAAUGAGUUUUGCUGUUUGCUGAAACUAUCGUUGACCAACCUAAGCGAUGUUUUCCUCAUGACUGACAGUGCUGAUAGAAGAGCCCACACAAACUGUACAUGAGUCGGUGAACGGCAGACCGAAUUACUUGCUCACACUGAAGUCAGGGUCACUUUUUUGCCCGGUCUAAAAAUCUUGUUUGAAGAAUUUACCUUUAACACACAAGCAGAGACGGUACCCACUGUAAAUAUCAUGUAUCUUAUGUUGAAGGAAUGUUUGCUUCAAUGCUGCAGAAACAGAACAUUUCAAAUAAAUAUAUUUUUGUAUAUGAA